UUCACUACGCGGUGCUGUUUACCCUGGCGCUCUGCGUCGUGCUUGUGGUGUUCAUUACCUACCUGAGGCAGAGAAUAUCCCGAGAGGUCACGGGACUGUGCGUGACGGCUUCAUGUUAUGACUACUGGGAACGCUUGAAUAAACAGAUGGAUAAAACAAUUGACCCGUGCGACAACUUCACAGCGUUUGUCUGCGGCAACUGGAAGCCCGAGAAACGCUUCGGAGACCUCUCACACUCGACCUUCUCCGACAUGGUUAUGUCGUGGCGCAUGAAUCUCCGAGACAUCGUACGGAAGGGCUCCAUCGAGCUGCCGGUGGGUAGAAAAGCGGCUGCAAUGUUCGAGAGCUGCAUGACGCAAGUGCAGUCUGAUGUAGACACCUUUCAGUUAUUCAUGCGCGACCGGGGACUAUCCUGGCCGGAAGAUGCAAAGGGAAGGCCUCCUUUGGAAGUCCUAUUUGAUCUUGCAUUUAACUGGAACAUGAAUCUCUGGCUCAAAUUACAGCUGCUUCCUGGGGUGACAGAUGAUCCACGGCGCCGCAUUUUAAUUACGACCAACGAAUUCCUGACAUACUGGGAUGCCGUGCUCGAUCAGGUACCCGUGGACAAGUUUGCCACCGUUUACAAUGCGAUGGUUGUCAUUUUCGGUGGUGAGAAGGAAAACUUGGCCACCGAGGAGAAAGUCAAGGAGGUCUACGAAACAAUGCGAUCCGUACUCAAAACGCUUGUGCGGGCUGGCACGCGCAUGACACGUUUUCCCGCUGUGUUUGCACUGCGCGAUGUGACUAACUACACUGAACUCGUCACGGCCGAGCACGUUCAUGACGUCAUCAAGAAGACACUACAAAUCGAUCCCCCGUUCAGUAUUGAUGAACUACUACUCUUCGAUGACAUUAGAGUACUACAAGCCAUGCUCGGAAUCAUCAGAACUUACAACGACACCGCAUUGUUCCGACAUCUAUCGUGGCUGUUCGUGUACGCAUACGGAGUGGUUGCUCACCCCGCUCUCGUUCUCCACACCUUAUUCGGAAGCGCAGAGUGGGCGAAGGCAGUGCAACCCCGGUACUGCGCUGUGCAAGUCGAGGACAGCUACAAGCUCCUGGUGGCUGCUUUGGCUUCUGUGGCCGGUUUCUCGCCGGAGGAACGCCGUACCAUCGAUGAACACCUUGAAACAAUAAAACAGGUCACCUUGAACAAGACAACGGCUGCUGUGUGGCUCGACGAAAAGACGAAGCAUGUCGCUAAGCAGAAGCUGCUCAGAGUCCGCACUGCUUUGUGGCCUCCAGCGGACUUUCUCACCAACAAAGUCCUUGAGGACAUUUACGGCAAAUUCCCCGAGAGCAACGACACUACCUUCACGAAUCUAUGGAUCGCGGCCAGGCGGACUGGACGGAAUCUCCUGGGCACCACGGCGGGAGUCUUUGCACAGAGCAUAAGUGAGAGCACCGCACUGCCCUACGUUCAGUACAUGCACCCACUGAAUGAAGUGAGGCUCGCUGUGGGGGCCCUUGCUCCUCCACUGUACUACCGGGAAGGCACCAAGGCCAUGCUGUAUGGAGGCCUAGGGUACUUCUACGCGAAGAAACUCAUCAACACGGUCGACAGCGCGGGAGCAAAAGUAGAUGCGCAGGGCCGCAUUGUUUCAUCUUGGCUCAGCGAGGAAUCGCAGCAACAAUAUGAGCGACGAGUCAAUGGCUGUCUUGGGGAAAAUGCAACUGUGUUCCCCGAGGUGCCGGCAAUGGAGGUGGCGCACGCAGCUUUCCUGCAAGACACCGGAACCAACCACGACCUGCUCUCACCGAAUCUUACCGAACAUCAGGUUUUCUUCAUCACAACCUGCGCUGCCUCGUGCGCUCUAUCAGCCAGCCACAACACGUACGGGGGAGACUGCAACAAAGCGGUCAUGAACUUUGCGCCCUUUGCCGAAGCUUUCAGUUGUCCGCUGGGCUCCAGAAUGAACCCGGUCAACAAAUGCACGUUCUACGAUUGA